AGGAAUUCUGCCAACUUCUUUUGGAGAACCAGUUUCAUCCAGCAGUACGUGUGGUAUGCCUUCUGGGACAUCCAGGUGAUCCCAAAAGAAGCAAAAAAUAAUGGAGAAAGUAGCCAGACUAUCAGAGGGGUCCUUUCAAGGAAUCAGACUCCCCCCUACCCCUCCUGACAAGGUAAGCUCCAGGUCCAUCUCACAUGUCCAGUGUUGUCACACUAAUAAAGAUUCCCAUGGCUGUCUGCUGCCAAGAUGUCCAAUGACGUACUUUCCUGUUUGUGCAUGGAACCUGUGUCCUCUUUGUGCACCCUUGAUACCCUCAGCAAAAAGUCAUUUCAUUGAUUCAUCCCCAGAGGCUUCCCGUUUAGUGAGAGGGGCUCGUGUGUUGGCAAGGAGAGAAACUGAUGGCUAUUACUACCUGGGCCACAUUGCCCAAGAGGUGAAGGGCUCCAGGGAACGCUUUGUAAUUGAGUUUGACAAAAGUCGUGCUCGGAAAGGCAAGGUACAGCUCCGCCUGCAGGAAACGCCUCUCUACGACAUUCUCCACUACGAGGAUGCCAGGAGACAGCGUCUCACUCCUGGAGACAGGGUCUUGGCGCCGUGGGAGGCUAGAGCUGAACGUUUUGGCCCCGGCACUGUGCUAAAGGUUGUGGAGAGCAAGGAGGAACAUUUAGCACACAACAGAAGUGGAGUCCUUGUGAAUUUCUGGAAUGGACAGACCAAGGAGGUGUCCUCUGACAAAGCUCUGCGGAUUCCUCUGCCCUUAAGUGAACGCAUCGUCCUAGAAGUGCAGAUGCCUUUAGCGGCCAGGCAGAUGGUGGUAGAUUCAAGUUUACAUUACCCGUACAUCGUGACACCGGGUUAUAGAGCCUCAGGACGCUACAGACCGGGUCACUCAGACCUGGCCUACUGGCCAGGGGGUCUGUGUUCAGCUCAUCCAUGUGCUAAGUGCAGCUGGGGGUGCACCUCGCUCCCCCAGUGCUGCCUGGCAGCCUGGGAACCCACACGGCCUGCAGGGUGUAAAGUGCAUCAGGGAAAUGCCUUCAUCCCAGGAACAGGCUUGGCUGGAGAAGAGCUCAACAAGAAAAUAGAAGAGGAACUGUCUGAAUUGAGAAUUACAUCUUCAGAAAGUGUUUCCGGAGAGGAAGAGAAAAAGGAAGAGACGAGGUUAGAGACAGAAAAUGUUCCAAAAGAUGUUUGGUCUUGUUUGGAAGAGGACGAUGAGAUUAUAGAACCUAAGAAGGGUGCUCAGAGGGAGAUGGCUCAUGCUAUGGUUGAUACCGCUGUCAACACAGACACAGAUCACAAGGAGGAACCAGAGAGCAGACAGCAGGAUACUGAAACUGGAGCUAAUUUUAAACAUGAAUAUGGUCUUUUUGAGUCCAGAGUGACAGAAGCUCCAGUCCAGCAUUCCCCAAGGAGCCCUUCCCUGGGAACCAGUGCUUUGGUUCCUUUCAGGCGCCAAAGCUUCUUUGACCAAGUGAAUCAAUCACUAGAGAGAGACAGCCUGACCAUCAAAUCAGCUCUACGUGUGCAGAGACCACACAGUACCACCAGUGUGCUGGCUAGGAGAUCCACAAAACUUCUAAACCUUCUGAAAGACAAAAGCAUUACAAAAUCAAUCCUUAAUGGUGCAUCUCAGGAGAGAUGGAAAGAGAUGGACUUCGGCAGAGCCCAGACUGAGCACAACAGGAGGAAAGAGGAACCAAGGCAGCUGAAGAGGGAGCAGCAGCAAGAGGCAGAUGGCAUCCAGCAGCAGCUGCACAAGGACAACCAGAGGCAACGGUUGCGUCAGAGAACAUUGCAAGGGCUGGAGAAACAGCUGGAGCACAAAGAGAGAGCUUUGCAGCACAUGGCACUGCUCCAGGCUGCUGGGGCUGAGAGGAGCAGGAAGGAAUCCUCCUUUCGAGAGGAGGGGAAGAGGAAGGCAAGUCAGAGGCUUCAGUUCUUAAAGACACAGCGUUCACAGAGAGAGGAGUUGCAGGCAGAUUGCAAUGAAAGGAGCUUUGAAGAAGAGGGAGAAAGGCUGGAGUUUCUGAGGAGCAGAAUGCAGUCACAGCAGGACAUGCUGGAUCAAGAAUCACGGGAGCAGGACAAGCAACAAAACCAGGGCCAGGCUGCCAAAGUGAGAGUGUUCCAGAGCAGAUACUGAAGAUCAGAAGAUGGAAAAAGAAGACCAAAAAAUCC